AUGUUUCCGCUCGGCAUAGGGAGGAACGGACAUCGCGACGAAUAUUUCAUCGUUAUCAUCUGGCCCGCUGCAAACGAAUGGCGGAAGGGCCUUGGACUAUCACCUCGACAAUUUUACCUCAAGCUAACCACUGCCGUUGCACCUGAAGGUGACAAGGGCAUAGAUACACUUCUGCCCGGCGAACUUGAUCCAAAUCUUCCAGCUGGAAAGCUGGACCGCCUUGCCUUGACCCUGCACAUGGAACACAACUUCGAACGUGCUAUGCAGGUUUCAAUGGCCAUAUGCCUUACCAAUCAGGAUCCCGAACGAGGUUUUCUCCGACUGGCGGAUUCUGCUUCCAAACUCCUGCUUUAUAAACUAGCUAUGCUAGCGUAUGCUGCAGUAUAUCAACGAUCCGCGAACAGCAAGCUUCAGUCUUACUGCGUCAAGCGCAUCAUCGCUUGCGCGGAGCACACGGAAUGGGGUGUCUUGUUUACGGCAGUGGAGACCCAUACCUUACCCCGCGAUCUCGCAGCCGACCUUUGUAGGCCAUGGCAGGGGGAACUUCUUCAUCUCAUCGCCAAAAAAUCCUACAAUCCUGUCUUAUGUCUCGAACCUCGCGAGCGCAUGCGCAUCCCGGGGUCUUUGGCACCAUCAGUUGUUCCUGAAUCCGAUGAUUUCUGUGUAUUGCCCAGAUUCUUUCGAUGGCUUAUCCCAUUCCAAUUUGCUCUCAUGUCAACCCCCAAGUCAGCGAAAGACAUAGCUGCACUCGCGUCGCCGUACAUUGGAAUUCGACAUGUCCUUACACUCACAGCGGAGGAACCACUUCCUGCCAUCUGGUUCUCUUCUGGUCGUAUCUCCAAUACAUUUCUUCCCAUUCCCAAUUACCAUCCACCCACCGUUGAGCAGAUGGAUAUUAUCAUGCGUCUCUUCGAGGACGAGAAUAAUCUCCCUAUCCUUGUACAUUGUGGUGGUGGUAGGGGCCGAGCGGGUACGGUCGCUGCAUGCUAUCUCGUCGCACACGGAUUCAGCAAACCCGAUCACUCACGCACCCAUCCUUUGAUGUCUGCGAGUGAAGCUAUUGAAGCUGUGCGCAUGCUUCGUCCGGGGAGCUUAGAAACGACUCAGCAGGUUGAGUUUGUGGGUAAAUGGUGCAGCACGCUCUGGAAGCGAGGCUCGUUGUCACCUCCUCCGCCUGUACCAGAGCCGCCACCCUGCGAGCCGGAGAUCGUAGGGAUGGCGGAUAUCACGAAAGCCGAUCUGCUCAUCCUGGUCGGCUUACCGGGGUCUGGAAAGUCCUGGUUUUCAAAUGCGCUUGUAGCUCGCAACCCGACUGCAUGGAUACACACUUCCCAAGAUGAAGCACGCAGCCGGUCAACCUGCGAAUCUCAAAUUGGGAAAACGCCUGUCGCACUACGAGGUGGAUCUACGCCCCGAGUCAUAUUGGAUAGGUGCAACAUGUCCAGAGAGGAUCGUCGGUUAUGGUUGAAUCUAGCUCAAUGGUCCGUUACACCCGUAUGCGUGCAUUUUGAUUACCGUUCCGAGCUGUGCACCUCUCGAGCUCAAAAUCGUCCCUGGCACCCUACGCUUCCUCCCGGAGGUCGUGUUCGUAACGCGGUCGAGCAGAUGCAGCGAAUGUUCGUUAAACCCACGUUGCAAGAAGGCUUCAAAACAAUUGUCACCGUCCGGUCAUUUGAAGCUGUCCGCGAGGUCGUCCUCAGGCUCUCGCCACCAGUAUCACUGCUCAAGUUCCCGCGCACACCUCAUCUACUUAACUUGGGUGCUGUUACCGAAGACGACCUCCGCCUGGGCCUAUGGGUCGAGGAGCAUCGGGAGGAUUUGUAUUGCAUCCUGGACCGCGACCCUUCCUUCCCGGAGCGCUAUAUCCUUUAUGGGGAAUGGCUUGCGGCGACACACUCAAUUCCCUACGAUCGCCUUCCGGACUACUUUAUGGCAUUUGAUGUGUACGAUCGCGUUACUGGAACGUGGAUGGAUCGUUCUGCGAUCGAAGCUCGGCUGGACGUUACGAGAAUUCACAUCGUGCCAACGGUAUACCGCGGAGAGAUGCCCAACGACGAGGCCCUGAAGAAGAUGGUACACAAGAGAUCCAUGUUCUACGAUGGACCUGUUGAGGGUCUUUAUAUCAAAGUGGAGAGCGAAGGGAGGGUACUGUCGAGGGGAAAGAUUGUGAGGAGCGAUUUCAUUGCUGGGAAUGAGCAUUGGACGAAAGGACAAAUACGAUGGAACGGUAUCAUGAUCGCUCAAUAA